AUGUUGUUGGGCAGCCUGUGCUGUAUGCUGGCCCUGAUGGCCUUGUCGUCCGCAGGGCUGCCUACGGCCCUGGAUCCACUGUCCGCCCCCAGGAUCUUCUUGUCCUUCAAAGAGUUAAAAUCGACCGGCACCGCUCACCACUUCUCCUUCUUGCUAAACUCCAGCGACUAUCGAAUUCUUCGAAUGGACGAGGACCACGACCGCAUGUAUGUGGGCAGCAAAGAUUACAUCCUGUCUCUGGAUCUGCACGACAUAAACAAGGAGCCACUCAUUAUCCACUGGCCUGUCGCCCCUCAGAGGAAGUCUGAAUGUGUCCUGUCAGGAAAAGACACCAAUGGCGAGUGCGGGAACUUCAUCCGUCUGAUCGAGCCAUGGAACCGUACUCACCUUUACGUUUGCGGAACUGGGGCAUACAAUCCCAUCUGCACGUACGUGGACCGUGGACGCAGGUCGCAGGGUUCCUACUACCUCCAGGCCCCCAAAUCUGGAGGGAGAACCAAUCGGGCAGCAGACCAGAGUGCCACGUCAGAGCUUUUGGAGGCCAAGGAAUACAUUUUCCGCCUUGAGCCAGGCAAAGUUGAUUCUGGGAAGGGAAAAUGUCCUUUUGACCCCAAAUUGAACAGCGUCUCUGCUUUGAUCAAUGGAGAGCUGUAUGCGGGAGUUUACAUUGAUUUCAUGGGAACCGACUCGGCUAUCUUCCGUACACUAGGGAAGCAGACUGCCAUGAGGACCGAUCAGUACAACUCCAGAUGGUUGAACGACCCCACAUUCAUCCACGCACACCUCAUCCCCGAUAGUGCUGAGAAGAAUGACGACAAGCUUUACUUCUUCUUCCGUGAGAAGGCCACUGAGAUGGGCCAGAGUCCCUUGACCCAGUCCAGAAUCGGGAGGAUAUGCUUGAAUGACGACGGUGGACACUGUUGUCUGGUGAACAAGUGGAGUACGUUUCUGAAGGCCCGUCUGAUUUGCUCGGUGGCCGGAGCCGAUGGUGUCGAGACGCACUUUGACGAGCUCAGGGAUGUUUACAUCCAGCCUACACAAGACACCAAGAAUCCUGUCAUCUAUGGAGUCUUCUCAGUUUCAGGAUCUGUGUUUAAAGGUUCGGCGGUGUGCGUCUACUCAAUGGCAGACAUCCGUAUGGUCUUCAAUGGUCCUUUUGCUCACAAGGAAGGACCCAACUACCAGUGGGUGGCCUACACGGGCAAGAUACCCUACCCCAGACCUGGCACUUGUCCUGGCGGAACAUUCACCCCCAAUAUGAAAUCCACCAAGGAUUACCCGGAUGAGGUGAUCAACUUCAUGAGGAACCACCCCAACAUGCACAACGCUGUCUACCCGGUACACAAGCGGCCUCUUGUGGUCCGCACCAACGUGGACUACGAAUUCACCACCAUUGCCGUCGACCAAGUGACAGCCGCCGACGGAAGUUACGAGGUUCUGUUCUUAGGCACAGAUCGCGGAUCAGUGCAGAAGGUGAUUGUCUUGCCUCGAGAUGACCUUCAGACCGAGGAGCUGGUUUUGGAAGAAGUGGAGGUCUUUAAGGUUCCCACACCGAUCACCACCAUGAAGAUCUCAUCCAAGCGUCAACAACUGUACGUGGCGUCGGUUUUGGGUGUGACCCAUUUGGCUCUUCACCGCUGCGACGUGUAUGGGGAGGUGUGCGCCGACUGCUGUCUGGCCCGAGACCCUUACUGCGCUUGGGAUGGAAAAUCUUGCUCUAGAUAUUCAGCUUCGCAGAAGAGACGCAGCCGUCGUCAGGAUGUGAAGUACGGCAACCCCAUCCGCCAAUGCAGAGGCUACAACUCCAAUGCCAAUAAGAAUACUCUGGAGACAGUUCAGUAUGGUGUGGAAGGAAGCACAACGUUCUUGGAGUGCCAGGCUAGGUCUCCCCAUGUUUCUCUCAAGUGGCAUCUUCAGAAAGAGAACAGCGACAGGAGAAAAGAGAUUCGCUCCGAAGGCCGCAUCCUGAAGACAGACCAGGGCCUCCUAAUCCGCUCCUUGCAACCAUCGGACAAUGGUAUUUACCAGUGCACGUCAACGGAGAAGAACUUCAAACACACGUUGGUCAAGCUGCAGCUGGUGGUGCUGUCCAGCCGCACCGUCAACAACGUUCUGGUGGAAACGGGUGCACCCUCUCUGGCCCUUGCCCCGCUGCAGUCCAGCGCCUGGACGCCGAGCGCCGGCCAGUACAAAGACCUGCUGACCAUCCUGAGCCAACCUGAGAUGGGCUUGAUCAACCAAUACUGCCAGGACUACUGGCAGCUGGGGGACGGCGGAGGCGGCAUUGGAGACGGCAAAGCCAAGAGUCUGAAGGAGCUGAAGGAACAAAAGAAGCCGCGCAACCGUCGGCAUCGCGAUGACGAGACGAGCCCCGCGGAGACAUGA